UUCCAGAUCGGGACGUGCAGGCCUGGGCUGUGGUCAAAGAGGCCUCAAGGCGGCGCCAGACUCGAACGACCGCACCUUGGCUUGGCUCCGCGAUGACCCACUCUUUGGUUUGUCCGGAGACCGAGAGCAGGGUGAGCUCGGUGCUGAAUCGCAACAUUCGGCAGUUUGGGAAGAAGCACCUGUUUGACCAAGAUGAGGAGACGUGCUGGAACUCGGACCAGGGUCCCUGCCAGUGGGUGACACUCAAGUUUCCCCAGCGAGUCCGUGUCUCCCAGCUGCAGAUCCAGUUCCAGGGCGGCUUCUCCAGCCAUCGGGGAUGCCUGGAAGGUUCACAGCAUGGCGAGGCACUUAGCAAGAUUGUAGUCUUCUACCCCAAGGACGACAACUCCCUCCAGAUAUCCUGCUCUGGCUGUGGGGCAAGGGUCUUGCUGUGUGCUUCGGUGUGGCUUUGAAGUCACUGUGUGGUGCACUGACGCAGUGAUCCUCCUGCCUCAGCCUCCUGAGUGCUAGAAUUACAAGUGUGUGCCACCUCACCCAGCUAAAAGCAGUUAUUUUAACGCAAGGCUGCCCCUGUUUUGUGUCUUCUAAGCCUGUUGGUCCUUCCUAUCCUGGACUUCCCAGUCUCCAUAAACCUGUUUUCUUUGUAACUUAGGCUGCCCCCAGACCCCCUUCUGUAGCAACAGAGAUGAACUAAGGCACUCGGUCCACACGGGCCUCUCAGUUCCUGUGUCACUCUGUGCUCGCACAGCGCCCGGAGCCGGAAUGAUGGCAGGUGCCCAGCCCGGCCCACAGUGCUGCUGACCGCUCACCACCCGCCCCUACAGAGGAGAGGCCCUCCCGAGUCCGUGUCCCUGUGGGUCCCCCUCCUAUGGCGCCUGUGGCUGCCCACCUUU